UUGUAGGUGAUUAGUAAGAUGUCCAACAAAUGUUUUGUAUUUAACCAGCCUGGUGUUUAUUUUAGCUACACGCCACAGAGCUUAGCAACAUAGGCGUUAGAUCCCUAGGGUAGUAACGAGUCGCUGUAUGAAGGAAACAACAACGGUUUCGUAAGCAACGCAGACGUUGUUAUUUUACCCUGCAGUGGGGUAGUUAUUUUUCAAACCUUUAGGCUCAAGCCAAAUUGUUUGCAAUCUAACAUUAGCUAGCUAGAUAACGAAAUUAACAUGAAUCGCAUUCAUAAUUAACGUCAGCUUCCUCUGUGGGAUUGAGAGGUUGCUGAGGUCAUGCCGGGUGACCCUCGACAGUCUGGAGUGAAGGCCCAGCCAGGGGGGCGGGCCAAACCUAAGAACCCAGGACAGAAGGCCGGCCUUCGGGCAUCUCACCCACAACCCUCUGCCCAGCCCAGCUCCCAGGAGCAAAUCACCAGGCUGAAGGAGUUGAUCGUGCAGUUGGAAUGUGAGCGUGAUAAAGUUUUGCAUGAGCGUGACAUAAGUAUGCAAAUGCGUGAGGAAGAGGCCGGCAAGUCAGUCCCCACAGAUUUGAGAUGGAGGAUCAACCAGCUGGAGAGCGAGAAACUGGAUUUAGCCUCUAAACACAACCAGGAGGUCUCACAGCUGGUGGCGCAGGUUGCUAAGUUACGGGCACAGGUUGAGCGUGGGGAGGCAGUGCGGCAGACACUGGAGUAUGACAUCGCUGUGGCUAUGAGAGACUCGACCUCAGAGAAGAGCAAAGCAGAGGCCAAGUUGUCUGAUCUGCAAAAAGAGAAUCAAGAACUGCAAGGCCUGAAUGUGGAGCUCUGCCAGACGGCCCAGGACAUGCAGAGGGCUUUAGAGAUCAGCCGACAAGCCAGGGAGGAAGACCUGCAGGGCCUCAACGCGGAGCUGGCGGAGAGGGACCAGCUGUUGCUCACUGCUCACACGGAAAAUGACCAAGUCAUCACAGACAAGAACGGACUGCAGGCGAUUCUACAGAAACAGGAGGAUACUCUGCGGCAGCUCAAAGAAAAGAUGGAUGCGGAGCAGAGGGAGCGAGAGAGGGAGAUCAGAAACCUGAAGCAGCAGGCCAGCGAGCUGUGCCACUGUGUGGAGAGAGAGAAGAGGCGCAGGAAAGAGCUGGAGAUGAAACUGAAGACUGCAGAGGCUGCAUUGCAGGCAGAGCAGAGUCUCCAACAAGAAGUGACAUCAGGCUUGCAGGUCCUCAGAGGAAAGCUCAAAGAGGCCGAGAGCGCACAGAUGCACGAGAGUGAACGAGCCAAUGACACGCAGUCUAAACUCUUACAAAUGGAGAAGGAGCAUCUAAGCACUAAGGCGGAGCUGGACACCCAACUGAAUGAAGAGAAGAUGACCUCCUCUCACUUGAGAGACACUAUUCAGGAGCAGCGGAGCACAAACACACACACACAGGAGCAGCUCAGCGAGGCUCUACAGAGGCAGAAGUCUCUGGAAGAGGCGUAUGAGAGUUUCCUGACUCAACUCAACCAGCUGCUGCAGGAGCACAGACAGCAGGGGGAGACAAACACACACACUUCAGAAGACAAGGUUAAACACAGUCCCUCUAAUCCGCUGGAUGCCCUCAGAAGAACACUGAAUUGCUACCAACAAAGCCUUGAGAUGGCACAAUCACAGAUGCAGCAGGCAGAAGAGAGAAAUAAGAUGCUCUCUCAGGAAAUCUCGCAUAAAGAUGAAAUUAGCAACUCCUUGAAGAAAUCCUCCCAGGAGCAUGCUGGGCGUGUGUCCGAGCUGACUGGUGAGGUGCAGCGUUUGCGCUCCAGCUGCACGGACGGCGCGGCCGCCGCAGACAGGGCACAGUCACAGCUGCAGGAGCUCAAGCAGCACUGCGCCGGCACACAGGCACAUGUGCACACCCUCAGAGAGCAGUGCCAGAGGGAGGAAGAGGAGAAGCUGGCGUUCCUCCAUUCCCUCUAUCAAAGGCUGGUGGCUGGCUGUGUCCUCAUGAAAUCACCACACGGCCAGCUGGGUAGUUUCUCCUGGACAGAGCUGUGUGCGGUGCUGCAGGAUCAGACUGACAUCCUUCUCACCGACCUACAAACGGCAAAAGAGCAGGUACAGCAGCUGGAGGUGGAGUGUUCCAGGAAGGCACGCUCCUUGCGGGAGAUCCAUGAGGCCCACGAAGGAGCUGUGGAGGGCCUCACGGCGCAGCUGCGGCAUCGCGAGCAGAGCUGGCUGGUCCAGAAAGAGGAGCUGCUCAGGCAGCAGACAGGCCUCAACGAUGAGCUCCACCUCAGGACCCAGGAGAUGCGACGCGAGGUGGAAGUGUCCAAGGAGCGCGUGUGUGCGUUGGAGCGGGAGAAGGCCGAUCUUUCGACUCGCGCGGGCGAGCUCCGGGAGCGCCUGCACGCGGGCAAACGUUUGGCCUCCGCGCUGCUCCGUGGCGCCGCCCUCCUGGCCGGGUGUGUGUGCCCGCUCUUGCGCCGCGUGUGCGACCUCGCCCGGCAGAAGCGGGUGCUGCACACAAUCCUGGACGCCAAGGCCAAGCUGGAACGCGAGGUGCAGGCCAUACUGCAGGCGCUCACCAGCGCGGUCGAGGACCCCAAACACAUACCCGACACGGAUCCGCACACAAGCCGCAGGGGUGUGUGGGGGUUCCGCCGUGCGGUCAUAGGGGUGUUGGCGGCUCUGCGUUUCAGGGCACUGGGGGGACGCUCGCGUGUGUGUUUCAAGGCCGACAACCCGUACGGAGAGGGCGCCGUGAGUGUGUGUGCGCCGGAAUGGAGGAGGGAUCAGGAUAAUGAGGAGGAAGAGGGGGAGUGGACCCAGAGCACUAAGCUGAAGACACUCAUCUUAACUUGCUCCGAGGAUGGCACAGACAUUGAUAGCAAGUUUUCCAGGUUGCUCGAGAGGCUAGUUGCUGACAGUGACCGCCACUACAGAUGUUACAUGGACAGAGGGUCGUUGUCACGACAACUGGCGCGAGGACUCUUCCGACUCAGAAAAACUCAGCCCAUUCCAACCAACCAGUACAGCAGCAAGAGCGUGGUGUCCUCCCUGCAGCAGCACAUCUUGGCCUUUACACAGCGUCUGCACGUGGCCGAGGUGGAGCGCAGGAACAUGCGUCUGGAGCUCACCCAACUCCGACGCCAGGCAGCCAUUCCCCCACCGCCGGACCCCAAACACACAGCGUGUGUGCCGGUGGCGCGUAUGGAGGAGGUGCUGUGUGAGCUGAGUGCGGCGCUGCAGAGGGAGCAGCAGGCCCAGGAGCUCCUGCACCAGCAGGCCCAACAGCUCCAGGAGCUGGGCCUCAGCAUGGAGCUGCACGCUGGGGACCAGCAGGAGCAGGACUGCACACUGGCUAUGGCCGUUAAGAGCUUGACCGAGUGCAAGACUGAGCUGCGCAGGAAGGACCAGUCGCUGCGCCAGCUGGGCAAACACCUCAGCCAAGCCCAGCAGGAGAAGCAGGAGCUGCAGCAGGGCAUACACACUGCAGAGACCGCUCUCCGCACGGCUGCCAAAACGAAGGAUUCCUUGGCCAGCUAUAUGAAAGCAGUAGAGAAUAGUCUCAAAGAGGUGAAGGAGAAUAUUGUGUUCUUCAGCCCCGCCCUCUCCCAAGGUGACAUUAUCUGGCACGUACCCAACAUGCACUUGGAGAUGCCAGGCCCAGAGAGGCUCAUGGGAGGUCCUGAGGUGGCAGCUUGCCAGAGUUUUCUGAGCUGUUUUGCGGAGGUGUACCAGUUGUUGUGCAGUAAGCUGAUGUGUGUGGAGAGAGAGCUGGACUCCCAGCGCUCACACAUCUCUGCCCUCAAGGAGGAACUACACAAGGCCUGCAUCCGAGAGAAAAGCCCUGUGAAGGCCGUCUCCGACCCCCGACCGGCAGCCAGCCUCCCUACUGCGGGCGAUUAUGGACCGCUACCUGUGAAGGCUGACUCCACCCACUCCUCCGCCCCGCUGAAGCAGACUGCACGAGCGGGGAAGAAGGCAUCCAAGAAACACCUGUGAACCUGUGAUU